AUGUCGUGGUGCGUGUUCGCGGCCACAGCUGUGGUGAUCACACUCACCACGGUGGUGGCGAAUGUGGUAGCGCUACUGGCGUUGUUGCGAGUCAGUCGGAUGCCUUCACACUAUCCCCUCAUGAGCUUGGUGACAGCUGAUCUGCUGGUUGGCACAGCUGUCAUGCCUAUAGGGGGCGCUAGGGAGCUAUUUGUAUUUCAUUUAGGCUGCACUGCAUCGAUCCUGUCACUAUGCGCACUUGGCUGGGAGAGAUACCGUGCUGUGACGUCACCGCUCGCAGAACGCCGCGACACCGCCAAACAUCUGACGAUGAUGGUGUGGCCAGUGGCUAUUACUGUUGCAUUACUCACUGCCUUCAUACCGACCACUGAACAUCAUGAUCCUGGGAAAGCGCAGAAAGCCUGCACUGUUAAUAUUAAUGUCGCGUACGUAUUCGGGAGUAUCCUGCUAUCGUUCUACACUCCGGCGGUGGUGAUGAUUGUAUUCUAUACGAAAAUUAUACGCAGCCUCUCCGUGCCGCCGCCGAUACGUGCCCACCGCGGUCGCUCGCCAGCAACUGAAGCCACUGAUAUAAGACAAUUGCCGAAUCUAAAUAUACUAACGCGUGCUGCUGCCUUAAUGCCGCCUGAUUCUAUACUGGAUAAUUUCUCAGCUCGGCAGCGUCGUGCCACAAUGACUAUAUUAAAGUUGAUGACGCUAUUCCUCGUGUGCUGGACACCGUUCUUCGUCAUGUUGCCGACUGAUGCACUAUGCACAUGCGUGUCGGACUCUGUAUGGAUGUUGUGCACGUGGCUUGGCUAUAUGAACUCUGCUAUCAACCCUAUGGUGUACGCGGUCGCAUCCCCCAGGGUGCGGAAGGCGCUGCUCGGCUCACAUACAAGUACUACGCAAACAGAACGAUAG